AUGUCUAAGUUGAAGAGUUCAGAAUCGGUCAGGGUAGUGGUACGAUGUCGUCCUAUGAAUGGCAAAGAAAAAGCUGCUUCAUAUGAUAAAGUGGUUGAUGUGGACGUGAAGCUAGGGCAGGUGUCAGUCAAGAACCCCAGGGGAACAUCUCAUGAGAUGCCCAAGACUUUUACCUUUGAUGCUGUCUAUGACUGGAAUUCCAAACAGUUUGAACUUUAUGAUGAGACUUUCAGACCUCUUGUAGACUCUGUCCUUCAGGGUUUCAAUGGAACCAUCUUUGCAUAUGGACAAACAGGGACUGGGAAAACCUACACAAUGGAAGGGGUUCGUGGUGACCCUGAGAAAAGAGGUGUCAUACCCAACUCCUUUGAUCAUAUCUUUACCCACAUUUCUAGAUCCCAGAAUCAGCAGUACCUUGUCAGAGCUUCUUACCUAGAAAUAUACCAAGAAGAAAUCCGAGAUCUGCUAUCAAAGGAUCAGACAAAAAGGCUUGAACUAAAAGAGAGGCCAGACACUGGUGUCUAUGUGAAGGAUCUAUCCUCCUUUGUUACAAAGAGUGUCAAGGAAAUAGAGCAUGUCAUGAAUGUAGGAAAUCAAAAUCGUUCAGUUGGUGCUACCAACAUGAAUGAACACAGUUCUCGUUCUCAUGCCAUCUUCGUUAUCACUAUUGAGUGCAGCGAAGUAGGGCUUGAUGGAGAAAAUCAUAUCCGUGUGGGGAAGCUGAACCUAGUAGAUCUUGCAGGCAGUGAACGCCAAGCCAAGACAGGAGCUCAAGGGGAAAGGUUGAAAGAAGCCACCAAGAUUAACCUGUCCCUUUCAGCUUUGGGCAAUGUUAUAUCUGCCCUUGUAGAUGGCAAGAGCACUCACAUUCCCUAUCGGGACUCAAAACUUACCAGGCUUUUACAAGACUCCUUAGGUGGCAAUGCUAAAACUGUGAUGGUGGCCAAUGUUGGGCCUGCCUCUUAUAAUGUGGAAGAAACCCUUACCACACUGAGAUAUGCCAACCGUGCCAAAAAUAUUAAGAAUAAGCCAAGAGUUAAUGAGGAUCCUAAAGAUGCCCUCCUUCGAGAAUUUCAAGAAGAGAUUGCUCGGCUUAAGGCCCAGCUGGAAAAACGUUCUAUUGGCAAAAGGAAAAAAAGGGAAAAACGCCAAGAAGGGGUUGGAGGCAGAGAGGAGGAAGAGGAAGAGGAAGAGGGAGAAGGUGAAGAAGGUGAGGAUGAAGGUGAGGAUAAGGAUGACUACUGGAGGGAGCAGCAAGAGAAACUGGAGAUUGAAAAGAAGGCCAUUGUAGAGGAUCACACCUUGGUAGCUGAAGACAAGAUGAGAUUAUUAAAGGAGAAGGAGAAAAAGAUGGAGGAUCUGAGGAGGGAGAAAGAUGCUGCAGAAAUGCUGGGUGCCAAGAUCAAGGCCAUGGAAAGUAAGCUACUCGUUGGAGGAAAAAAUAUAGUUGACCAUACCAAUGAACAACAAAAAAUACUUGAGCAAAAGCGACAGGAAAUUGCAGAGCAAAAACGUCGGGAACGUGAAAUUCAACAACAAAUGGAAAGUCGGGAUGAAGAAACACUGGAGCUAAAGGAGACUUAUAGCUCUUUGCAACAAGAAGUGGAUAUCAAAACCAAGAAACUCAAAAAGUUGUUUUCUAAGCUCCAGGCUGUAAAGGCAGAAAUACAUGACCUUCAAGAAGAGCAUAUCAAAGAGCGUCAGGAGCUGGAACAAACUCAAAAUGAGCUCACCAGAGAAUUGAAACUCAAGCAUCUUAUUAUAGAAAACUUCAUUCCUUUGGAAGAGAAAGGCAAAAUCAUGAAUAGAUCCUUUUUUGAUGAAGAGGAAGAUCAUUGGAAAUUGCAUCCCAUAACCCGACUGGAUAAUCAGCAGAUGAUGAAGCGACCUGUUUCAGCUGUGGGUUAUAAGAGGCCACUUAGCCAACAUGCGAGGAUGUCCAUGAUGAUUCGUCCAGAGGCCCGAUAUAGGGCAGAGAAUAUUGUAUUACUAGAAUUGGAUAUGCCUAGCCGGACCACCAGAGACUAUGAGGGUCCUGCUAUUGCUCCCAAAGUCCAAGCUGCUUUGGAGGCUGCUCUACAAGACGAAGAUGAAAUACAGGUGGAUGCCUCAUCCUUUGAGAGCACAUCAAAUAAGAAAUCCAAGGCUAGGCCCAAAAGUGGAAGGAAGUCAGGAUCCUCCUCAUCUUCCUCUGGAACUCCUGCAUCUCAGCUUUAUCCACAAUCCCGGGGGCUGGUUCCAAAGUAAAACCAGUGACUCCUCUCAAGGUGUGAGCAGCAGCUGCCACCUUCUGAGAGAAGAAACCAGCAAAAACCUGCAGAAAGGCCUUCUGACCAAACCAAGAACCCCUUCUCUUAGGGAAUCAUGAAAACCUCUUUGCAAAAUAACUGACUCGUGUCCAAAUGCGCUGGUCCUGGGGUUCUGAAACAUGGAAGAAGAGAUUUAUAAUUAGGCAGUCAGCCCUUUGGGAGAAAUUAUUUUAGUUAGUAAAUUGGACAUGCAUGGGUUACAGUAAAGUAUGUUAGUGGCAAUGAGGUGGUCCCUUUUCCUUCAAUUUCAAUCUGUUUGUUGCACUGAGCUCCUUUGCUGUUGGACAGAGGGGGCAGAGUUGAGAGUUAUGGGAGUUGGAUCAACUCUCCAGAGCCCUAGGGCCAAAUGACCGGGAAGCUGACAAGCAAAAGACUUAAAAUGUGAUUUGACACAUUCUCUGUUUAUAGAAAUUCAAGGAACUUCAUCAGAGUUGAAAUUCUAGAUAAGUAGAAACACAUCUUCCCCAAUCCCCAUUAAGAAAUAUUUGCUUCCCUUUAGAGCUACUGGACGAGGGGGUCAUAUCCUAUGUAUUUCUACUCCUGAAGGAUAUGACAAUGGAAGCAAUAGAAAUUGAUGCCCUUUGCCUACUUUGUAGGGUUAGGGAAAGCUUCUUUUAAGACCUCAGUUAUGACCAUCUGUCAAAGAGAAGUUGACAAACUUUUGAAAGUUUCAAUAGCAUCCCUUUUUCUCUUCAUUAUCUUGUUGUCACACACAACCAGUCCUUCUCUAAGUCUGGGCCUCUCUUAAGGAAGAAUACCUUGCUUUGCCUUUGCUAAGAGUGGUGGAAUUAGGGCUAAAAGGAUGAAAUCGGUACAACCUUGAGUUCACCUGAGGACUGACGAAAACAGUCCACUGAGAUAAAUGCUGGGGUUUUGUGCCUCAUUCUCUUCUAUAAAGGAACAGAUUCAUUAACCCUUACUAACCCUAUAGGAGAACAGAACCAGGCUGACUCAGAGUAGGAGGAAUAAGACUUCAUUCCGAGGUACUUGGGACACACUGGCCUAGGGUAAAAGAACUGUGCCUCCCAGUGAUCUUUCCAUAAUUGUUCGGGGGCAAUAGGAGAUUGCCAUCAUAGAGCAGGAUUAAAGGUUUACUCCUAAGGCCAGGCCUGGGUUAAAGGUAAAUGAACUGCUGAGCAUGCCUGCUUGUGCUCAGAAGAGUACCUGUUGCAUAUACUAGUUUGGUUUUAAGUUUUAGUUUGUUGUACAUUGAAAUUUGGAGCUAUAUUUUAUUUUGGUUGUCAUAUGAAUGUUACUUGUUCCCUCCACUCAAAAAGUCCAAGCUUGUAUGUGUGCUUGUGUGUGUGCUUGUGUGUGCAUGUGUGCAAGUGUGCGCACAAGCACAGCUCUAUGUAUAUAUGUGAGGAUUUGCCCACUUCUAGAAAUACACUAAUGUAUGACUGUUGCUCUUGUCUUUAUGAAAUGCUCACUAAGUAACUUUGUUCAGGCUGGAAAAGCUCCACAGUGUAGGUAUCUGACUCCAUAAGCAGGGGGAACAGUAGUCUCUGGGUCAGCUGUGCUGAGGUACCUUGCUGGCAAUGGUGCCUCAACAAAAUAGCUGCUCAGGUGGACCUCGGGUUAUGUUCUAACUCUGCUGCUCAGUUCCCAGCGCAUGUUUCUGGAUCAGAACCACAAGACUGUCUUUGCCU